AUGAAAAGGAUUUGUCAUCUUUUUGUACUGUUCCUGUGCUUGCUUGAUGGAGGUGUUUGGUCCCUGCGCAACCUCUCCAUUUCCGUACCCCGAGCAGUCCUGUCUGGUGAGGGCCAGUCUGCGCUGCUCAGAUGCUCCUACGACCUGGAGGGCGCGGCUCUGUACUCGAUACGCUGGUACAGAGCUGAGGAUGAGUUCUACAGAUACGUGCCGAGGGAGAUGCCCCCUACUAUGGUGUUUCCGCUACCAGGGGCUUCCGUUGACUUGGCGCAGUCCGACCACCAGCAGGUGCGAAUAGUGAAUAUGAACCGAAGACUCAGCGGGGAAUACCAGUGCGAGGUCUCGGCUGAUGCUCCACUGUUCCACACGGACAUACGCUCCGCCCCCCUCACAGUAGUCGACCCGCCGUUCCGAGCGCCGCGUCUGCUAAUAUCGCGGCUUAGUUACGCGCGAAAUGAUAUUCUCCAAGCUAACUGCUCGGUGGACGAGGCGUAUCCGGCACCAAACAUCACUUGGACGGUCGACGGACAUAAGAUAGCCGAGUCUGUGUCCUGGCAGAGCCCGGAGCUCGAUUUCAAAGAGCGCGGCGCGUUCAGUGAACUGGAAGUGACUAUCCUCGAGAGUGACCAUUUCAAGCUCGACCGGGCUUACCCCGGCGAGGGCUCGAGCCGCCCCCGGCAAGAGCAUUUCAGCCGCGACCCUAACUCCGAAUCGACUAAGCGGGAACUGCAGAGGUACACAAUGGAGCCACCGUCGAGCAGCCAGUUCGCCAUCAGUUGUGUCGCGACCAUUUACGAUAUCUAUGCGAGAACGAGCGACGUCAUACACGUCAAGGAGGACAGCCCCCACCCAGCUUCUGUGACAGGGGAGGAUUCAUCUGGUAAAUGUUUCAGGGCUCAUUGUAACGCCGUGCUAACUUGUAUCUGCGCAUUCCUGACCCUGCUGCGGCCGUUA